AUGAAACACACAAGGAGCCCAUCGCAGGAACGGUCAAAGCGUGAAAGAUUUACCUUAAAUGAUUUCCAUUUUAUUAAAGUUUUAGGGAAAGGUAGCUUUGGCAAGGUUAUGUUAGCUGAACGAAGAGGGACAGAUGAAGUUUAUGCUGUCAAAGUCCUUAAAAAAGACGUCAUUAUACAAGAUGAUGAUGUUGAAUGCACCAUGACUGAGAAACGGAUUUUAGCGCUGUCGGCAAAACAUCCGUUCUUAACUGCUCUUCACUCCUCAAAAAUUUACUCAAGACAAAAACACCUGUGCUCCCUCUCUCUCUCUCUGAUCCCAAAUAUUUCACUCAAGGCAAAACUAAGUACUCUCUUUCUCUCUCUUUACUUAAAAUAUUUACUGAAAGCACAACUGGCAAAACAUCCUCUCUCUCUCUCUCUCUCCUUCCCAAAUAAGACAGAACUGCAAAAAGAUAUACUCCCCCUCUAUCUCCAAACAAAAACCCUCUUCCCUUCCCCCUCUCCCAUCCUCUAUAUCUCCUCUCCCACCCUCUAUAUCUCCUCUCCCACCCUCUUUCCCUUCUCUCUCUAUCUCCUCUCCCCUCUUCCCUCCCUCUGUGUUCCCAAAUAUUUAUUGGAAACUGAACACCCUCCUUCCCUUGCUCUCUUUCCUUCUCUCUACCUUCCCACUCUCUGUAUUCCAAAUAUUCACUCAAAACUGAAUACCCUCCUUCCCUAUCUCUCCUCUUUCUUUCCCUCUCUCUCCUUUCCCACUCUCUGUGUUCUCAAACAUUCACUCAGAACUGAAUACCCUCUUUCCUUCUCUCUCUCUCUUUCCUCCUCUCUUUUGUUCCAAAUGUUUACUCAAGAAAAAUUGACUCCCUCCUCCUCCUCCUCCUCCUCAAAUUACUUUUCGCCUUUGCAGGAUCGCCUUUUCUUUGUGAUGGAGUACGUGAAUGGAGGUGAUCUUAUGUUUCAAAUCCAGCGUGCCCGCAAAUUCGAUGAACCCCGAGCUCGGUUCUACGCUGCAGAAGUCACGUUGGCUCUUAUGUUUCUCCACAAACAUGGCAUCAUUUACAGAGAUCUGAAGUUGGAUAACAUUCUCCUUGAUUAUGAAGGACACUGCAAACUGGCUGACUUUGGCAUGUGCAAAGAAGGAAUGUUUGAUGGACGUCUCACUCAGACAUUCUGUGGCACACCUGACUAUAUCGCACCUGAGAUUCUCCAAGAAUUAGAAUAUGAUGCUUCAGUAGACUGGUGGGCCCUUGGCGUUUUAAUGUAUGAAAUGAUGGCUGGUCAGCCGCCAUUUGAAGCAGACAAUGAAGACGAUUUAUUUGAGUCAAUUCUUCAUGAUGAUGUUCUUUAUCCAGUCUGGCUUACCAAGGAGGCUGUGUCUAUACUUAAAGGGUUCAUGUCAAAGAAUCCUGCUCGCCGUUUAGGCUGUGUUAAGAGUCACGGGGAAGAAAGAGCUAUUCUUGUACAUCCGUUCUUCCAUGAGAAAAUCGACUGGGAUGCUCUUGAACAGAGAAAGGUCAAACCACCUUUCAAACCAAAAAUAAAAAGCCGGACAGAUGCCAACAAUUUUGACAAAGAUUUUACAUCAGAGGAGCCAACUUUGACCCCGGUCGACUACCAUGUUGUAUCUGUCAUCAAUCAAGAUGAAUUCCGGGGCUUCUCCUUUGUCAAUCCAGACUAUGGCAGACUUGGUGCUGGUGGUGGGGCCACUGCCUCUGCCGCUGCCACGGGUGGAGCCACGGGUGCUGUUGCAGGUGCAGCAGCUGCCACCCCCCAUUAA